AUGUUAAUCACUAAACCUAUGAUACCUUUUACAUUUCAAAAUCGACUCAAAUCAAUAUCUGAUCUUGUUAAACAAGACGUCUAUAAUAAUUGCAAAUCAUUCUCUCAAAAAAGUCAUUCAUUAGAACCAUUGCAACUAAAUAAUCAUAAUAAUCAAUUCUUUUCUCAUAACAGAACGAUUACUUUAGAAAAUAUUUAUCUAUUAUUACGUUAUUCACCACGAGUAGAUGAUGAAAGUGGAUUAUAUCUACAAAUAGCUACAUCAUAUUUACUUUCACAAAAUUUACAACAAUUAUCUAUUCAACAACAAAGUCGAACACGAAUAGCUAUUUUUCUUAGUGAAAACUAUACAAAUCUUACGUAUACACGAUUAGAACAAUGGUUUAAAAGUAUUUAUGAACCAUAUACAAGCGUAACACAUAUCAUUCGUAUAAAAGAUGAUAAUCAAGCGUCAUGGGAAUUUAUGAUAAAUUAUAUAAAAUAUAAUGAAGAAAUUCAAUUAGAUACAAUUCUAUUUUUACUUGAAGAUGAUUAUAUAUUUGAAGUAGAUAUGCUUUCUGAUACAAUUGAAUUUUUUUUUAGUCAUAAUCCUUGCUUUGUUCAACAAACCGAUAAUUCAGAUCGUUGUACAUUGCAUAUGAAUGAAAACGACGGGGGUUUUACUAUUGUGAAUGGAAAAACUCGUUUAUGGCGUUCCAUAUUUUCCACUACUGUUACUUAUGCAUGUCGUUUGAAAACAUUUCUAGCUUUCGAAGAUAUUUUAAUAUAUCCCGAAAAUGGUUUUGAAUCACAUAGAAAAAUACGUGAUCGAGCUGGCGAUGUAGCUAUAUUCUGUGCUAUUCCAUCUUAUGGUACUCGUUUAGAAGCGCUUCUUUUACCGAACGAAAUCAAUUCAACAGCUGAAAUUGAUAAUUCAGCAUAUUACAAGGAUUGGUGGUCAUUUGCUCGUCAUGCAGUUUCCGAAGCACAAAAACAAGAGACUUUUCCAGCUCCAAAAGUAAAUGAACAAAACCUAUUCAUUAAAUAA